UCGCGUUCACGUUCUAGUCGGAAGUAGGAAAUUCUGAAAUGUCCGACUUGAUGACUGGUUGAAAGCGGCACGUGUAUAUAACUACAACCAGUACUUACAUAGAAAGUCGGACAUUUCAGAGUUUUCUAGUUCCGACUAGCACGUGAACGCGGCAACUCGAGCAUAAAAAUACACGUGUCGUAGCCGUUCUUAUUAUACCUCCGUGGUCGUAGCUAGACAAACAUUUAUACAAACGAAUUGAACCGACACAACGUUGAAGAAGAGGCGCCACCUACAUCAUGAAUGAUUUUGGAAGCUACCCUCCGCCGAACUUUGGCUCUCCUCCAGGUUCGAUGGUGAGACCGCCAACGUUCCAUCCGCCUCCUAGCAACUUCCAGCCCAGUAUGUGGAACUGGUACGAGCCGCCAUCCGAGCCGUGGAGCUACAACGGCCAGGGAGAACACUGGAACGGCGGCCCCGAACCCGGUCGACCCAGAGGCUCAUAUGGCCGGAACUUCCAUCGUGGACAUGGAAGCGGAAGGCAGGACUAUGGUCCUCCCAACAACCAGUGGAAAAAGCAGAAAAAUAAAAAAGAGCCAGUUUUUUCACAUUUCUGUGACCCGUGUGACAGAGGCUUCAAAAACCAAGACAAGUACGACGAACACGUCUCUCAACAUGUCAAGUGCUCGGUUGAAGACUGCAGCUUCACUGCUCAUGAGAAGCUGGUCAACAUUCACUGGAAGAAUAACCAUGCCCCAGGAGCAAAGAGAAUCAAGCUGGACACUGAAGAGGAGAUCUCUAAAUGGAGAGAGGAGCGGCGCAGGAACUACCCAACCCUGGUGAAUGUGGAGAAGAAGAGGAAGGUGAUGGAUGCCAGGGAGGAGAGGGGAGCGGUGCUGGAGACGGCUCAGUUUGGGAGGAUGAGGGGUAGAGGUCGCGGACAGCGUGGUGGAAGGUUCCGGAGGGGAAGAGGGUCCAGACCAGGUCCUCCUCAUCAGUCAGAGAGACCACCACCCCUCACUCAGUCCCCCAGGGAGGGAGACCCCCUGGGGGCUCUUGCCAACAGCGACCCAGACUCUGAUCCAGAGGAGCCAGUCAGUGGAGGUGGGGUGACUGUACCUCCUAAACAGAUGACGUCAGGACUGGGAUCUCUGAUGGCCAGCUACGGCUCCAUGAGCGACAGCGACAGUGACCAGGAACCUCAAGCCCUGCCCAUCCAGAGGACCAGUCAGUUGCCGAAGGAGAACCAGGCCAUGCUGAAGGCUCUGCCAGCCAAGCCCCAGAACAGUGCUUCAUCUGGGGCUAAGAGACUCUACCCUGAGCCCCCCCGGGAACCACAGCCUGGAUCUGGUCCUCACAGACCUGGCAGGGGGGGAGGAGCGAGAGGAGGACGAAACAACAUGGACACCCCCCAACAGCGCCGCGCCACUCUGCUUGAGAUGUUACUGGCCCCAGACGUCCGCCAUGAGAGGAACGUGCUCCUGCAGUGUGUUCGCUACAUUGUCCGAAACAACUUCUUUGAACUGGGGGGUCAAACUCAGGACCAGGACGGAACUCGGGGCAGAACAGUGACCACAGCUCACCCUAACCUUGACCCCCAGACACAGAAAGUGAGAUCAGAUGAUCUGAGGGGUCCACUCCCAGCGACCUCUGUGGUUGGUCCAGAUGCAACAGGUGACCAGGUGAGGUCAUCACCAGAAGGUACCCAGAAACCACCAGUCUGUCAGGGACCUUCAGAGGUGGACAUUUUGAAUGGUGAAGCUGUCCAUCCUGAGGAGAUCCCAGGUGCAGCCUCAAACCCUGAUGUCAUAACUCAGCCUAAAUCUAGCCAUGAGCCUGAGGUCCAGGGGCCUGUAGCCCAACAAGCAGGAGAAGACCAGAGCAUGCUGGACAACACACAGAAUGGACCAGCCUGCUCACAGUCACAUCCCCUCCAGGAACCUCCAAUGGACUUGGCUGUGAAUGCUGGAUAUGGAGAUGGUCACCCUGAAGACCACUCCCAGACCUCCAACUAUGAUGACGAAGUCUGGGAAACCUAA